UUAACAAUUAAAAUGGCCAACCAAAGCAAGCUGUUGACUGUAAACAUUGACCCUGAAGUCAUGAAGAAGGUGGUGAAGGCGUUGGUCUCCAACGCACUGAUGAAGGCAGCGGGGUGGGCGGUGGGCACCGCUUUUGAGGCGGUGCUCGUCUCCCGCAGCCUCCAGCACACCGUCGGCGCCUGGCACGCCGCGGGGCCGCACACCACGAGAGUCGGGCAGGUGCGCCAGCUCCUGGCCGACCUCUGGGUGCUGGCCGCCCCGCGGGACCCCCUCAGGGAGUGCGGCGUCCUUGCCGGCCAUGACGGCUGGUGGACGGUGUUCUGGGGCCUGGGGGAGGCGGGGGAGCGCCUCGCCUGCCUUCAGCAGAGGGUGGCGCUGGCCCACGAGGAGCACGAGGCCUUCACGAGAAACCUUGUGCGGGUCUGCGUGCUGCUCUUCACGGGCCUUGCGGGCUGGGCGCUGUGUGCGCUGCGGGGGGCGCGGCGACCACGGGAAACGGUGGCCGCUGCGGGCACUGCGGCGUGCACGGCGGGCCCAGAGGAGGAGGAGGAGUUUGCCUCGGCCGAGGAGGAGGAGGAGGGGGAGUACGCCUCGGCUGAGGAGGAGGAGGAGGAGGAGGAGUAUGCCUCAGCUGAGGAGGAGGAGGAGCUGGAGGGGGAGUAUGCCUCGGCUGAGGAGGAGGAGGAGGAGGAGUAUGCCUCGGCUGAGGAGGAGGAGGAGGAGGAGGAGUAUGCCUCAGCGGAGGAGGAGGAGGAGGAGGAGGAGGAGAAAGAGGAGGAGGAGGAGGAGGAGGAGGAGGAGAAAGAGGAGGAGGAGGAGGAGGAGGAGGAGAAGAUGGAGUUUGCCUCACCUCUGGAGGAAGAAGAGAAGCCUGAGGAUGCCACUGAAAUUGACGCGAAGUUGCACGAAGAUGUAACCUGCACAGAAGAGGCGGCGAGCGUGACGGCUGUUCUGGAAGGCGAAGAUUCACGGCCACCUGAAGACCCCCUGGAGGACAAGGUCGAGGACCGUCAGGAGGAAGUGCCUGACAGCCUCAGCGAUGCCUCCCAUCCGCCUCGUCCCGCCCAGCAAAACAAGGAAGUGGCGGCCAAGACCUGGGCCGAGGAGGUGGACGCCGCCUUCCCUGUCCCCGAAGAGUGCCUGCAGCACUUCGGCCCCGACGAGUGGUCGCUGGUGACCGGCCACAAGAAGAACCGAGGGAAGCACCAAGACGCGACGGGCCAGCAGGACGACACUCAGACCUGCUGCAGGCACUCAGGCACACAGGGUCGCCCUUCAGGCACACAGGGCCACCCUUCAGGCACACAGGGCCGCCCUUCAGGCACACAGGGCCGCCCUUCAGGCACACAGAGCCGCCCUUCAGGCACACAGAGCCGCCCUUCAGGCACACAGGGCCGCCCUUCAGGCACACAGGGCCGCCCUUCAGGCACACAGAGCCGCCCUUCAGGCACACAGGGCCGCCCUUCAGGCACACAGAGCCGCCCUUCAGGCACACAGUCCCUACCUGCAGGGACUCAGCUCCAGGGUUCUAAGAGUCAAGGCCGCCCAUCAGGUGCGCGCAGAAGACAUCGUAAGCGCGCAUCAGGCACCCCGGGGCAGAAAGUGUCACCAAGAGCCCAGACUUACACUGUGACGCCCCAGCCCGCGCCCCUCACCCGGUGCUGGGCCGCGGUGGUGAAGGCGGCCAGGCCCGAGGCGGCGGUGACACCUUGCCCUCCUAACACCCAGGCCCGCUCCUUAGGAACUCAGAGUCGCCCUUCAGGCAACCAGGCCCGCCCUUCAGGCAACCAGGCCCGUCAUCCAGGCAACCAGGCCCGCCAUCCAGGCAACCAGGCCCGUCAUCCAGGCAACCAGGCCCGCCAUCCAGGCAACCAGGCCCGCCAUCCAGGCAACCAGGCCCGUCAUCCAGGCAACCAGGCCCGCCCUUCAGGCAACCAGGCCCGCCAUCCAGGCAACCAGGCCCGCCAUUCAGGCAACCAGGCCCGCCAUCCAGGCAACCAGGCCCGCCAUCCAGGCAACCAGGCCCGUCAUCCAGGCAACCAGGCCCGCCCCUCAGGCAACCAGGCCCGCCCUUCAGGCAACCAGGCCCGCCCUUCAGGCAACCAGGCCCGUCAUCCAGGCAACCAGGCCCGCCAUCCAGGCAACCAGGCCCGCCAUCCAGGCAACCAGGCCCGUCAUCCAGGCAACCAGGCCCGCCAUCCAGGCAACCAGGCCCGUCAUCCAGGCAACCAGGCCCGUCAUCCAGGCAACCAGGCCCGCCAUCCAGGCAACCAGGCCCGUCAUCCAGGCAACCAGGCCCGUCAUCCAGGCAACCAGGCCGGCCCUUCAGUUCUGGGGCCACCUCAUGGUUAGUUCCACGCCUGAUGAUGAUGACAAAAGUUUCAUUUGAAGGGAGUUUCACAAUUUUCUGUAUAUCUCAU